UACAGACAUAUGAACAGCAGCCUCGCAAUUCUCAAAUCUAGCAUUCCAUUGGCGAGAGAGACCAAGCAAAAUGCAGGCGCUGCAAGCCAAGGCCUCCGAGUGGAGCGGAGUCAAGCAAGAAGACGCCUUUGCCAUUGACGAAACCAAUCUGUUCCAGAAGCUUGGCCUCCAGACCUUUAUUAACCUCUCCACCAAUUUCUACACCAGGGUAUAUGAUGAUGAGGAAGAAUGGUUCCGGUCAAUCUUUGCGAAUUCGAAGAAAGAGGACGCUAUUCAAAACCAAUACGAGUUUUUCGUGCAGAGAAUGGGAGGCCCUUCUCUUUACUCUCAGAGAAGAGGCCAUCCUGCUCUGAUUGCACGUCACCGACCAUUUUCCGUCACACAUCAAGCUGCCGAGAGGUGGUUAAAUCAUAUGCAACAAGCAUUGGACAGCACCCCGGAUAUUGAUGCAGACUCAAAAGUUAGAAUGAUGAACUUCUUCAGGCACACAGCAUUUUUUCUUGUAGCUGGAGAUGAGUUGAAGAGUCAAAGCCAACCACCUCCAUGCAAGCAUGGGAGCAGCAACCAGCUCCCUUGUAAAAAAUUUUAACAAAAUUUCCUUAUUCAGACAAGAUUAAUGUACUAUUAUUCAUCAAACCUCUUGAAUGUAAAAGGAAUACUUCCUUACAGCCUUUUCUCAAUAAAUCUUAUAAUUUCUGGAUA